CGCAAAGGCAAAGGAUCGCCACUGACGACCUCACUGAAGGUGUGCCGCCACGCGCGUUUAUCCUGCCAUGCUGUCCCGGAGCUAGUGCCGAAUCGUCUCCUGUACGAGUGCUGAUACCGUUUAGUGUGCCGGUCGAAGGCUGUUGCGUUGAUUAAAUUGGAAAAAACGGCACCACCAGCAAAGGCACCAAAGCAAAGUGGCCACCGCGGGCCACAAUGUGUUUUGUUUGCCUUUUUUUGCACCCGAUAGUGAGCUAAUCCAUCGCUGCUGGAGUCAUCGUAGGCGUCAUCGUCGCCGUUGUCGGAGUCGCGCAAGUGCAAACAACGGAACAUGGCAUGCCCCGGGGGGUUCUGCUGCUGCUGCUGCUGCUGCUAGUACACUGCUGUAGCGCCCGCUAGUGAUAAGAGGGAAAAUGCCAUCCCGCCGCCAUCGCGCGUGUAGACCGCACGCGUCGUCGUGACGGUAACCGUGGCAGUGGUCGCGCCGCGUUCUAAAAUUAUCGAAACCACGAGUGGCCCGCAUCGGCCCACAGCAGGUAGGGUGUCUAGCAGCCAUCGGUGCUACUAGUGGUGGUGGUGGUGGUGGUAGUGAUCGUAGCAGCCUAUCCACGGCUAGUGUCUAGUGCCCGUAUUUCGAUGGUUACUGAGUUUAUUGCUGUUCAAUUACGGAAAGGCAUCGCAUAUCGUGGCCGCGUAGAGUGAGCAAACACAACGCGCUUUCGUGUGCGUGCGUGUGUGUGUGUGUGUGUGCCAGAGGAGGCCGCUAUGCUCUAGUGGUUCGCGAUAGUAUUAUGUGCGCGCCGUUUUUUUUUUUUUUUUGGGAGGAUUUCGGGGAUGAUACCCUAAGCCAUUCUCGUUGUUAGUGUAUCGUAGUAGUGCUGCUGCUGCUGCUGCUGCUACUGUUGCUGCUACGUGGCAUCAUGCGACCGAACCGUGGCGCUGCGGUUACCAUAUCAACGGAGCUCCAGUGUCUGACCUGUUUGCAUUCGAGCAACGUCAGUGGCGGCUGCAUUGCUUCACGUGGUGCCAACGGAAGUGAAGUGUUUGUGCUCGUCCACUCUGUCGAUUGAAUAGAAACAAAGGUAAAGUUUGAUUAGCGAUCCGUGUGUACCGGUGAUUAGCGCUAAUAUUGGUGGAUCAGAUGUACUGCCGCUGCGAGCAACGAGCACAUACCAUCGCUGCGCUCACGAGAAGAGCAUAAAGCUGAGACGAUAAAUCAAAAGACAAACCCAUAACAAUGGCUACCGGAUUCCUGAAGGUGGAGCCUCCGUCUAGCCUCGGAUCGAACGGUAGUGGCGGUGGUGGUGGUGGUGGUGGCCUUGUUCCCGGUCGUCUAUCCCUCAGUAGCGAUAACCUCAGCGCGGCCGGUCACCGUCCCAAUGGUACGGAGCGGGGUGGAUCCCUAACACCCAACCUGCCCUCGAUGGAUCGCCUGCAGGCACCGAUACUGACCCGUCGGAAGUUCAGCUUUCCCGCCAACCUGCACUCGACCGCACUGCUCGGUUUCCCGGAGAUGGGCAGUGGACCGAGUGGAACGUCCCUGUCCGCGUCCAGCACUGCCCUAGCCGCACGCCGGCGUCUCAGCAACGUCAGUGACGUCGUCACCCGGAAGCUGUCCAGCACGAUAGGCUGGAAGCAACCGGCUCUUCCAUCACAAGACAUCAUCACGCAGGGCAAGUGCCUCUGCGGUCAGUACAUACGUUGCCGGCUCAAGCGUUCCGGAGUGUUCAAUCGGAAGCUAGGACUGCAGCGCAUCCGGAGUAUCGUCGGGACGCCAUCGAUCCACGUCGUGCGGGAAGUGUUCCCGGCACUUCUGAGCGUCGGUGAAGAGCUGGAGCGUAUGUACCCACGGAUCUACAACGGUAUCGCCCGGCAACUGACCCGGUUCGGGCGUGGCGAGCUGAAAACCCCCGAAACGGCACCGGUACUUCUGAGUGCGAUCGCGCGCGAUCUCUUCAAGGCGGACAUUACGUGGGGCAAGGUGGUUUCCCUGUUUGCCAUCGCCGGUGGUCUCUCGGUCGACUGUGUCCGGCAGGGCCAUCCGGAUUAUCUGCCGAAGCUGGUCGAAGGGGUGGCGGACGUGAUUGAGGAUGAGCUGGUCACGUGGAUCUCGGAGAACGGUGGAUGGAUCGGUCUGGCGAACAAGGUUCGGCCACCGCAGGAAGAGAUAACCUUCACCGGUCGCUGCCUGGUCGGUGCCAGCUGUGUGAUAGGAUUGUUUGUGGUGGUGUUUCUGCUUAAGACGCUAGGUUUAUAUUUAUUUCCCCACAUAUCCUCCUAAGCCAUGAGUAAUCGUUAAUGAAGCUAAUAAAUGGAAAACAGAAUUCCCCAAAA